AUGCCCGGCAUAAAGCACCUUGAAUGCACCAAUUCAGCCCUUUCACCUCAAGACGAACAUCUGGUCCGCGGCCUAGCCAGUGACAUCGACCUGCAUCUCAAAAAACUUGACACUGAGCUCGAGGAGAUCAUGCAACGAUAUCAAGACCGACGCGCAACCCUCCUUCUCCAACGCAAACCGUUAACGUCUUUGCUCUCCGGAAUGCGACGAUUCCCAGGCGAGAUAUUCAGGGAAAUCUUCUUAUACAUCGCCGUCGAAGAUUCCGCCGAGCUCAUCCCCUCCGCUCAAGUGUGUCGACGCUGGCGGGAGAUCGCGCUCGAGUUCCCAGAGCUAUGGACCAACAUCGUGUUGGGAUCUUCGAAAGCUCUUACUGAGCAGCAAUCGAGAGGGAUCCUACAAAUAUUGGCCACGCGAUCGAAGGAGUGGCCCCUGUCUUUGACGUUGCGGGUGGUGCCCGAGAUGGAUGUGAACUGGUUCUAUUGGAUGCCAGACCUACUCAAGGAAUUUGUUUUUAACAAACCCUGGCGAUCGCUGAUUGCAUUCGACGAUUUGGCCAAAACGACCCUUGAUCCCGAAAAGAACGCCCGCUCUUUGGAGACCCUCCAAUCACUUUCCAUCAUCGACACUUACUGUUGGCCAUACUUCCUAUCGGACCUCAACAAACGGAACAUCGCAAAAGCAAUCCCUAAUGUCACCUCUCUAACGAUCUCUGCCCUCACCAAAUGCCCUAGCCCUUAUUCCCGUCUAGUUUCCUGGAAGAAGCUUACCAGCCUGAAGAUAACCUCCAACGUGAUGAGCUGGUUGUCUUGUUUCCAAAUACUCUCGGACUGCGCCAGUCUGGAAGAGGCGGAUGUUCGCACCAGUAAGGAAGUGGACCCAACGCCAACAGACAUACAAAUUCUAGUCAUGCCCCAUCUCCGCCGAAUGUCGAUGUCUUCCGACAAGAUACCCCAAAUGCUUCCACAAUUUCUCAGCACGCCGGUCCUCGAAGAGCUCGUAAUUUCCUUCUGGGAAGAUAUCACGGUGGACGACGACCAAAUGCCACUGCUGGAAUGGAUUCUUGAUGCCGCGCCAACGCUGCGGACACUGCAAAUUCCGGGACAGGUUGAGCUCCGAGCGCUUACUCUGGAACACUUUUCAGAUUUUCCGUCGCCACCGCCGUUGGAGGAACUCGCUAUUACCCCACCAAAUAGAUCUCCAAUUGACAUUUUCUGUUGGUUGACGGUGCAGGAUGAAAAGGUGCUCUUCCCUCGCUUGAAACAACUUGAAUUUCUCCACAACUCUACCACCUCGAAAUACGACAUUGAAUAUCUCCAGAAGCUUAUCGACUCCCGCCGAAGUGCUGGGCUGGAUGUUGCUUGUCCUCUUCGGCGAGUUGUAUGGGAAGUGGAUGGUGAAAUGCUAGAGGAGUCUUCGGAGAUCUUUUCUGAUCUUUCCAAGGCUAAAGGGUUCAAAGUUGCUGUUCCUCUCAGCGGAUAUGGGGUGUACUACAAUUCUAACAAUUUCGUAUAA